CCACACUUCACGGCAUCGACUGAUCAUUGUUGCUGGUCUUCCUUCUCCGACCAAACUUAGUCUACCUCAUUUAGAAGCUGCGAUAUAGCAUCUACAUACCGUCAAGAUGUUCCGCACUGUUCCCCGCAUGGCUGGAUUCGUGUUCCGCGAGAACCGUGUUCCAUACUACCAGCGUCUCUUCCAGCAGCACGAUGGCAAGCGUCAGUGGUGGAAGACCGAGCGUAGCAAGUACAUCAUGUACCCCUACCUCAUCUCCGUUUACGGUUUGGGCAUUGCCACCACCUAUGCCAUGUGCCGUAUGGUCCUUGGCCACAAGACUUGGUUCGGCAAGAACUAAAUAAAUCUUCGGCAAUUUCAGAUCGAAUACAUGGACUAGCGCCUCCUGGAUCCAUUAGCGGUGUAUUUCUAUUUCGACAGAC